AUGGCUUUCUCUUCCGGCGACGUCUCUGCCAUGAUUGCCACUGCGCCGAGCGGGGCCUUUAACAAGGCCAACGCUGACCAGAUCCGCGAUUGGGUCGACUUCGUGCUGAAUGUCGAGCCCAACGCGGCGGAGAAACACGACCUGUUCUACUACGUGUCGGUGGCUCGCCUCUUGGCGGAAACGAUCGGCAGCACCUCGCUUUCGGAUUUCGAGGAUCCACUCAUGCGCGAGAUGAUUAAGGCAGCGAUUGUUGUGAACGAUUUGCCGUGCGCCGCAGAGCAGGAUCCAGCAUGGAAAGCCUGGAAGGUUUCGCCGGCACAGGUCGUCUUCGCACUCAAGGUGCAGACCAAGUGCGCCCAAGCUGCACCACCCGCCCGAAUGGCCGAAGCUGUGAAACAGCUUGCAGAACUACAGACCCAGGCGCUCCAGAAGGGCAAGCCGAAGCGACUCAGCUUCAAGCUUCAAGACAGGAUCGUUGAAGUGGGCUUGCAGAAUUUCGAUAAAGACACCCUCCCGUCCGAGGAAAUCUUGGCGAAGUUCGAGGCCGGAGCCAAGAUCGCCAACGACAAGGGCCGGGCUUGGAUCGGCUCUGCAGAAGGCGAAGAUCUCCGCGAUCAUCACCGCCCAGCAUGGAGUCGCACCCCUCUCGUCGACGCGGUCGUGGGCGACGGCUCCUACGAGGAUCGCGUGAGACAGAGCGCGGCCGCCAAGCGCGGAAGCGCUUGGAUCGAUAAGAUCGAUUACGUGAGCUUCGCGACCUUCAUGGGGCAUCUCCACGAGUGGGGUUUCAAGGUGAUCCUCACGAAGGCGUGCAGCAUGGCGGACUUUUUCUCCUACGUGCAUAUUAUGAUCCGCAUCGCUGAGGAGAACGGCGGGGUCAGGACGGCGUUUCAAUACGACGUCCUCCAGCGGGGGGCCAUGGCCAAAGCGCUGGAGAGGGACGAAACCGAUUUGAGCAGGUACCUUACAAGGAUCGAUGUUGAUCUCCUGCGCACGGCCAAAGACAAAGUGGAUAAGCGCUUCGCAGAGCUCGCUCGUGCAUCUGGCGCGCCCAAGGGUCAGUCCAAGGGCCAGCCCAAGGGCGCCUCCAAGAGCUACGGCGACGGGGGCGGUCAUGCCGCCAGCAGCGCAUCCUCUGGCGGCAAGGGCGGCAAGAGCGCUAAGGGCGACAACCGGCGCGUGCGUUCGCCGCCCGCGCGGCACAAGGGCAGCGCUGGGCAGCCGAGCGAUGUGAACUCGGUUUUCGCUCGCGUGCUGCAGGGCGUGGCUGGCGUGAAUAUGGUUGAUAUCUCUGGUCUUUGCGAAGCUCUGGAGAACGGUGGCUUCCAGCAUUUGUCUGAUUUGGGCGGUUUGGAAGCAAAUGAAUUGGUAGAUCUCGUCCCUGCGUUUUCUGGACAGAACGUUGCGCUCGUCAAAGCCUUCUUGGCGCAGUGUCAGCGCCAGGCCGACCGGGAGUUAGCGGCCGCGGCGUGCCGACAGGCAACGCUGACCGAGGCUGCCUCGUCCUCUUCAGGGGCUGGGGCAGAGGCGCAAACCCGAGUUGCGAGCCAAAGCGAUCCACGUGAGGCAGCCAACGACGAGCAAGGCCCCGUGAAGAAGUCAAACGUGCACGUCGCGAUGUUCCUGGCGGAGAUCACCUCCAUCUCCACACUCUGUGGGUCGAGUUCGCUGCCUGGUCGACUGGCCAACGCGGUGGAGGCCGGGGCGCCCCGCGGCUUCGCCCUCUGCCACGCGGUGGAGAAGCGGGAGAGCCUAAGCGGGCGCAAGGGCCGGGAGCAGUUCGACCUCAGGCUCCUGCGGCAGCGCGAAGAAUUCCAGGGCACGAGGCCGGACCAGUCGCUCCGCUCGGAGGACCCCGCGCAGCGGCGCGCCCUGUCGGACCUGAAGCGCCUGGGCCGCCAGGGGCGGUGGGAGGAGGCCCUGGCGCGCCUCGCGGAGGUGGCGGACCCAGAUCCCUUUGUGCGCACGGCGGCGCUGGACGCGUGCUGCAAGGCCUGGAAGCUGCCGCAGGCGAGGGCUCUCUUCGAAGAGAUGGGCACGAAGACCGUAGUGGCGUACACGACCCUGCUGGCGCUGCUCGGGCGCCUGCGGCGCAUCCAGGAGGCGGAGCAGCUGUUCGAGGAGCUGAAGCAGUCUGGGCUGAGGCCCGACGCCGCCACGUUCACGGCCCUCAUGGUCGGCUACGGCUCCGUGCACGACAGCUCGGCCGCAGCCCGGGUGCUCGAGGACAUCGAGGCCGCCGGCUUCCGGCUCGGCCAGGUGGAGUUCGGAGUGGCGCUGAGAGCGUGCGGCAAGGCCGGCGACAAGGAGUUGGCGGGCGAGCUACUGGCGCGCAUGGACGCUCAGCGCGUGGAGCUGAACGUGGGGCACGUGACGAGCGCCGUGGUGUCCUGCGCGCGCAGCAAGGACCACGCCACGGCCAUCGACUUCUUCGACCAGCUCCGCCGCAGGGGCAUGGUGCCCGACAACAUCGCGUACACCAGCCUGGCCACCUGCCACGAGGGGCCCGACGCCGCGCAGCGCCUGGAGGCUCUGGCGGGCGAGAUGAGGCAGGCAUCCGUGCAACCGGAUGCCUUCUUCUACGACCAGCUCCUGCGUGUCGCACUGGCGGACGCCGACGCCGCGCGCUUCUGCUCGCACCUGGCGGAGCUGGACGCCGCUGGCCUGCGGCGGACCAGCACCACCGCCGGCUACGUCCAGGAGUACCGCGAGAGGCUACUCCCCGCCGGCGCGCCCUUGCCUCCCGGCUGGCUCCAGGCCGAGGAUCCCGCCACGGGCCGCUCGUACUUCUGGCACGAGGCCGAUCCCGGGGGCACCACGACGUGGGAGCGCCCCGCCCCGGAGCUGGAGCCGCACGCGCGGGCCUGACGGAGCCCCCCCGCUGCCGCGGGUCAGGUUGUUCUCGCGAGUCCUCUGGCGGGCUCUUGCCGCUUGGAGGCGCCGAGGUGCGGCACUGGCCGCCCAGUGGCGAGGCUGCAGGACGUCCUUCCGGCGAUCCAGGGGGGCUGCACGUUCAGAGCUGUGUGUAUCGCGACGUGUGCUGCCGUCGCUGCUUGCUCAAGUGAGCGGUCGCAGGCCUCCAAAGCGGGGGCGGAGAGAUGGCAUCGGCUGCCCUGCGGGUGUGACGCCGCAGGCCGGCGCGUCGACG